AUGGCGGUCGGGAAGGAGUUGCUGCAGCUGGACCUCUACGGCCUGCUGGGUGUCGGCGAGAAGGCAUCGGAGAAGGAGGUUAAGAAGGCAUUCCGGCAGAAGGCACUGACCUGUCACCCAGACAAGAAUCCAGACAACCCCAGAGCAGCGGAAGUCUUCCACCAGCUGUCCCAGGCCUUAGCUGUGCUCACAGAUGCAGCAGCGAGGGCAGCCUAUGACAAAGUGAGAAGGGCGAAGAAGCAGGCGGCAGAGAGGACACAGAAACUUGAUGAGAGGCGAAAGAAAGUGAAGCUCGAUCUUGAAGCCAGAGAACGAGAAGCCCAGGCCCAGGAGAAUGAGGAGGAGGAGACCAAGACAACAUUGGAAGAAGAAAUAAUUCGGCUGCGGGAAGAGGGCUCCCGGCAGCUGGAAGAGCAGCAGAGACUCAUCCGGGAGCAGAUUCGGCUUGAGAGAGAGCAGCAGAUGCCAGGCAAGCAAGACAGAAAUAGAGCAGAAGACAAAAUAACUCCCAAACUGAAACUAAAAUGGAAAUGCAGGAAAGAAGGUGAGACCAGAGGAGGAUACACAAAAGAAGUUCUGCUGCAGAUCCUGCAAAAGUAUGGAGAUGUGCUCAACUUGCUGAUCUCCAGUAGGAAGACUGGGAGUGCAGUGGUGGAAUUCGCCUCAGUUAAGGCUGCUGAGAUGGCUGUGAAGAAUGAAGUUGGCCUGAUGAAUAAUCCCCUCAAGAUUUCCUGGCUGGAGGGCCAGCCCCAGAGCAGUCCCAGCACUCUCCUUUCUGACAGCACCAGUCAGCCAAGGACAUCACAGGCCUCGGUGGUGUCGGAGCGAGACUAUGAGAGCCUGGUGAUGAUGAGGCUGCGCCAGGCAGCAGAGAGGCAGCAGCUCAUUGAGCAGCUCCAGCAGGAAGAGGAGGAAGAGUCUCACACCUAGCCCCAGAGUAUGGAUUCUCCCCACCCAGCAGUCUUCCUUACCAGAGCUGUUUCUUAAAUUA